CUAUUGUUACCUUUGUUUUCAUACUUAUGUUUCUAUGAAUAAAAGUGGAUAAUGAUAUAUCUUAGAUUUCUCAGUUUAAACGCAAUUAUUUUACUACUUUUAGUUUGUAAGACUAAUUCUAGGCUGAACCUAAAAUAUGCAAUUUUAGGGCGCGCACCAAGUCAUGCUGCACGAAAUGAAACUAUAUCUCUUCGACCAAGAACCAAAUAUGAUGUGCAAAAAACAAUGCGACUUAUGUUUUAUAAAAACAACACAAAAACCUUUGAAGCAUCCGCUUUUGACGAAGACUAUAUGCAUAAAGGUUCUUCUGGCUGCUCCCCAUCGGAUAAAUUUGCUAUUGUUUUACAUGGCUGGAUCCAAAGCUGUGCUGAUGAUUGGUCUCUGGCGCUUAUCGAUCGAUUAAGCUAUUAUCGUGGAGGCUGCGUGAUAUGUAUUGAUUACAGUAUAAUUGCGAGUACAUCGUAUAUGCGGUUGUAUACAAAUUUCGAGAACAUUACUGGUGCCAUAGUGUCAGUCAUUCUGACUCUCAUUAAAAAUGGAUUCGAUACUAAACGAGGCUAUAUGUUUGGAUUUAGCUUUGGGGGACAACUUGCGUCUGCUGUAGGCCGCUCCUUAGGACCACAACAUAUGAUCCAAAGCAUAGAUACGUGUGACAUGGCUGGGCCCGGAUUCGAUCCGAUUGCAGUAGAUCACUCGAAAGCUGGCAAACAUGUGCAAUGCUUUCAUUCAAGCCGUGAUAAAGGAACGUUUGUAUACUCUUGCCACAGAAAUAUAAUGCUGGGCAGCUGUGGACUCGCCCAGCCAUCAGUAGCCAGUCAACUUCAUCUUGGCAGCCACGGGCUCUGCGUUGACAUCUAUAUUAAUGCUUUUGAUUACCCAUUUUACGCCCUCAACUCGACGCCAUCGGAGUGCAUAGCCCUGCAAAAGGUAGCGAAAAUACCAGCUGAUUAUACGGUCGGGUAUGAAGAGAACUUUGACAACCGAGUUACUGGGAAAAUUUUCGUCCCCACUAGUCUACAUUAUCCUUACAACUUAUCAAAAAAGGAGCUCAAGCUGUUAGCUGGAAAAAAGUAGCUUAGCACAUCAUACUUCUGCUCGUUCCUAUUUCUGUAAGCGUUAGACCAGCAUUAGUAAUUUAAUAAAAUUUAAUCCUACCAUACAACCAGCAUUUAAUUUAUAUUGUAUUCCCACGAAUGCCUAUUCAAUUUGAGCACCUCCAUCUUUUGAGACACUAUCCAGAUUUUCGAUAAUGUUUAGUGCUCUAAUAUAAAGUAUAAGAUCAAGUUUUCACAGGUGUAACAAUAAUUGCACACACAGUUUAGUAGUUCUUUCGUUUAGUUUAAUUCACCAAAAAUAUAUUUCAAAUUAAAUUUGAAUUAUGUAUAUACAUAAUAUCGGUAAACACUAUUCCAAUCGAUGAAACACCGC